AUGCAAUUAGCCCUAGCGGCAAACGACCAGGAUGACUUGGAGAUACUCAGCGUAGGAGCCGACCGCAUAGCCGAGAUAGGUAAGACUCGAUUCGGAGAAGUUGUCGCGGUAAAAGUAACUCGCCACUCUACUUACGGAGACCGAUUCCUUUCCCCUCUUAAUGACACUUUCAAAUUUGUUAGCAUCCCUAUAGGCUUCAAAUCGUUUUUACCAUAUGUUGUUAAGAAACAAGCAAUGUUAGUACGGCAGCUUGAAGAGGAGUUGAGGCUACGAAUGCGUGGACCUAGCAUUGAAAUGCAGCAGCAAAUGGAAGUUCUCUACGCAGAAAACGAACAUCUGACACGAGAAGUGGCCAUUUUAAGAGAAACUAUCAAGGUAUAA